GGGACAGAGGCUGAUGUGGAGGCGUGACCUGCCCCGCAGAGGUGUCCCAAGAACCCCUGAGCUGGAUGGAGAACCUGGAGACGAUGUCCAGGAACCGCAAUGUGACUUCGCUUCGUGGGUGAGUUGGGUGGCCCUCCCCGCCCUCCUUGAGUCAGCUGUGCCUCCCACCCCCAGCUUGUGCCUUGAGUCAGUGGUCCAGGGUUGUCCGGUGUAGACCAUUAAUCCAUUUAUUCGACAUUCAGUUCUUGAGUACCUACUGUGUGCCCAGCAUGAGGCUUGGAAGAUGCAGGUUAACCAUGUCCCUGCCCUUAUCAAGUUUGCUGUCUGGUUUAGGGCCUUUAACUAUGGAUGCCAUGAAAUCAGGUGCAGAAUCGUGGGUCUCUGCAUUUUCCUGGGAAGGAGUUGCAAAGCUGGACCGAGCUCUCGAAUGGUCUCGCAGCUCUGGGUGAGGGGCUGGUGCUGAUGACUGGCCAGGGGGAGCACAGGGACUAUGUGGCAUUUCACUCAGUCAGCAGAAAAAAUCCAGAAAAAUCUUCCUGAAGGAGGUGUCCAAAGACCUGGACCUGAACAAGAGGUAAUCAGGAGAUGUGGAUGAGUGGGGUGGAGAGGCUUAUCCGGGGCCUGGAGUGCAGCCUGUUGAACACCAGCUUCGAGGGCAAGAACCUUACCUUGCAGACGCACAGCAUCCAGACACUGGCCUUCAAGCUGGGCUGUGACUUCACUGGCCUCGCACUGAGCAGUGCGACUCUGGAGCGGGUCCCCCAGGCCUCGGUGCCGCACGCCAUGCAGUUCCCGGCAGAGCUGACCCAGAAUGCCUGCAGGACCCGCCCCAGGGAGCUGCGCCUCAUCUGCAUUUACUUCUUCACUGACUACUUUUUCCAGAGUAUCAACUCAUCUUUGCUCAAUAACUAUGUCCUGGGAGCCCAGCUGAGUCACGGACACGUGAACAACCUCAGUGAGCCGAUCAACAUCAGCUUCUGGCACAACCGAAGCCUGGAAGGCUACGCAGCGACCUGUGUCUUUUGGAAGGAAGGAGCCAGCAAGGAUCACUGGGGGGUCUGGAGCCCCGAGGGCUGUCGCACAGAGCAGCCGUCACCUUCCCAGGUGCUCUGCCGCUGCAACCACCUCAGCUACUUUGCUGUUCUCAUGCAACUCUCCCCGGCCCCGAUCCCCGCAGAGCUGCUGGCGCCUCUUACGUACAUCUCCCUGGUGGGCUGCAGCAUCUCCGUCGUGGCCUCGCUUCUCACUAUCCUGCUGCACUUCCAAGCCAGGAAGCAGGGUGACUCCACAACACACAUCCACAUGAACCUGCAUGCGUCUGUGCUGCUCCUGAACGUCGCCUUCCUGCUGAGUCCUGUGCUGGCCAGGGCCGGGCCAGCAUGCACAGCACUGGCGGCCAUCCUGCACUUGGCGCUGCUCAGCUGCCUCACCUGGAUGGCCAUCGAAGGCUUCAACCUCUACCUCCUCCUCGUGCGCGUCUACAACAUCUACAUCCGCCGAUAUAUGCUCAAGCUGUGUGCAGUGGGUUGGGGGGUCCCAGCCCUCCUGGUGCUGCUCCUUCUUGUUGACCAGAAUUCGGUGUAUGGACCUCACACAAUCCCACUCUUCGACAGCCGGGGAAAUGGCACGGGUUUCCAGAACAAUUCCAUAUGCUGGGUGCGGAGCCCCUGGGUGCACAAGAUCUUGGUCAUGGGCUAUGGUGGCCUCACAUCCCUUUUCAACCUGGUGGUGCUGGCUUGGGCGCUGCGGGCCGUGCGCAGGCUGCGGACGCAGGAGAAGGGGCCGGGCACCCGGGCCUGCCGAGAUAGCGUCACCGUGCUGGGCCUCACCAUGCUGCUGGGCACCACCUGGGCCUUGGCUUUCUUCUCCUUUGGUGUCUUCCUGCUGCCCCAGCUCUUCCUCUUCACCAUCUUCAACUCGCUGUACGGUUUCUUCCUCUUCCUGUGGUUCUGCUCCCAGAGGUGCCGCUCAGAGGCAGAAGUGGAGGCAGAGAUGGAGGCGUUCAGCUCCUCCCAGACAAUGCCGUAGUCUGGGCCCGCUGGCCCAGAACCCGUAGCCUCUCUGGCUGCCUGCAGCCCGAGACUCUGGCUCCCACCAGAGAAGGUGGCAGGCCAGCUGCUGGACACCAGAAGCCCCUGUGCCCUCCAGGGAGGCUUCCCUACCUCCAUGGCUUCCCCGGGCCCAGAGGGCAGGGCAUUCUGCCCCGGGACAGGUGCAACCCCGCUGGGGGUCAGCAAACUUUACUGGGGUGCCUGGGCCCAGGGUACCUGGUCAGGCCCAUGGGCAGAGCACUGGCUUGGGAGUCAGGAGGCCAUAUUUCAAGGCUUGGCUCCGAGUCUUACUGUAUGACCUUGGGCCUGUCAUCUCCCUGACCCUGGUUUCCACAUCUGUGACAUGGGGCAGAUGGCUUCGGUCCUGCCUAGCCCAAGAGCUUUGUGAAGACUGAGUAAAACCAGGGAAGAAGGUCUUAGUGGGCCCCAUUACUUCCAACUGCCUGCUGGGGUCUCUGCCAAUCUGCCCUGGAUAUUUCCUGCUGGGCCUUGCCACCUUCCUUCCUUCCUUCUUGGCCCAGGGUCCCCAGCCCAGAGCUGAGUCUCACCCAGUGUCUGAGACCUCACCAGCUUAUGCCUGAGGCUGCUUUUCCUUCAGUCCCCCCAAAUUAUGAUGACCCACAACUCCAGGCCUGUUCUUAAAGAUCAGGAAGUCCAGUCCUUCCCAGAAGCUCCUCCUCCAGUGCUCCCAAGACCCCUAUAGGCCAUGUAGAGCAGAAGCUGGCGAUAGGGCUUCCUGGGGAUAGGAGGGCAGAGCCUCUUUCCCCUCCACCUGAGCCAGCUGGGCCUGUGACCUGGGUAUUUGAUGAUCGGUUAGGAUCGAAUUUCCCCUGGUAGGCGUGAGGGUAUGGAUUCUAAACCCAAGCUAAGGCCACAGUCGUAGAGACCGACCU